GUGGCAACCUUAGCCGGCCAUUAGAGGGCUCUGGCUGAGGGCGGGGAACUGUUUUUCUGUCCCACACACCCUCCCGCUUUCCUCGGGUUAUUGGGUGUUGGGCUGCCUGCUGGGUCAGAUGCUGGUGCUUUGGAGGCUUUGCCCUCCUAGGAAUCCAGCAUGGGCCAGCUAGGGCAACUGCGGCUUCACCAGAACACGAAAGGAAAGACUUGCACCUGACUUGGAAAGUGGAACCAGCCCGUCUUCUGUCGAUUCUUAAGGUGAACUUGGAGGCUUUCGGGUACGCAAGCAAGGAAAGAGCCGGCUACAGGACGUACACCUCUUGUUUGACUCAGGAUCAUCCUAAACUCCUGGAGGAGGAGGGGAGAUGGCUGUUGUAGAGAUGGCUCAAGUGCCAGAAGCCUUUGUAGAGGUGACGGUGUACUCAAAUGAAGGGCAGUGUUCACUUAUGGGCCAUCGGCAGAAGGCCUUCUACAGGAACGCCAUGCAAGAGAACUACAGGACUGCAGCCUCGCUUGCAGGAGGGUUCCCAAUUCACACUCCUGAGCUGCUCACCCGCUUGGAGCGAGGGGAAGAGGCCUGGGUCCCGGAUCUUCAGAGCUCCGAUGAGAGUGCGGAUGAAGGCCCAGUUAAGCCGACCCUGAAGCGAUGGCCAAAGGGAGGGACAUGGUGGGAUCGGUACAGAAGUCCUGUGACUUACCCCAGUUCGGACUCCACAAACUCAGAUGAGGAGGAGGAGAGCGAAGGUGAAGAAGAGAAACCUCAGCGUGGAGGUCACAGGCUGACAGUACUUCGUAGAAAUGUAUUGGACAAUUCUAAGAGGAAUGGAUUCCAGAGUCUGAAGCAACGGGAGGCCUUUAGGAAUGGGCCUCAGCUGAAGAAACAUCCGCGAAGCCAGCUGGGAAGGAUAAAGAGUAACUUGACAGAAGUUGGUGACAUUACACAAUGCACAACCAAAGUGAAGGCUUCUGGAGGAGAACAUCAGAACCCCUGCCCUGACUGUGGUCGGGUUUUCAAGGCAAAAUCAUCCCUCUCCAAUCACCAGAAAAUGCAUUCUCAUGAGGGAUCCUAUGAAUGCUCCUUCUGUGGGGAAAGAGUCACAUCCAGAAAACUCCUUGCUAGUCAUCGGAGAAGUCAUGCAGAAGAAAGGGGUUAUAAAUAUCCUAGUUCCAUAAAGCAUCAAAAGGUCCACCAGCAAGAGAAACUUUAUAAGUGCCUACAGUGCAAGAAGUGCUUUAAGCGGAAGGACCACCUCCUAUUACAUCAGAAGAGCCAUACAGGUGAGCGGCCUCAUAAAUGCCCUGAAUGUGAGAGAGCCUUUAUUCGAAAGGAACAUCUCACCAGACAUCAGAAAAUCCAUCUGAGACAGAAGAUUGAUAAACCUCUCAAGGAUAAGAGAGAAGCAGUAGUGGGAAUUUCACCUAGUUUUCCUAAAAAGAAACCCUCUUUAGCCUCUGUCACUAAGAAGACAAUCUUAUUGGCUGUUGGCACCAAUGGACGCCCAGGGAUCUAUCCAGAUCUCUACAAAUGCCAAUUCUGUGGAAGAUGUAUGCGGACCAAAAGUUUGCUCAUCGAUCACGAAAGAAUCCACAGGGAAGAGAGGCCCUAUAAAUGUUCCCAAUGUAAGAAAAGCUUCCAUCAUAGCUACAAGUUGCUGAGGCAUGAGGCAACCCACACAAGGAAGGCAGCCCACAAGCAUCCCAUGAGGCUGAGUGCAAAGAGUGUCCUGUCUGGCUCCAGAAUCAUCCACACAGCAGAAAAUCCCUUUAAAGUCUCAACUGGCAUGAAAAAAGUCACAAAUGGUUUUAGCUUUGCCCAAUGCCCAAGAAGUCUCAGCAGGGAAAAGCUCUAUAAAUGUCAGUAUUGUGGGAAAUGCUUGAGUAGAAGCAGUUUGCUUGCCAAUCAUGAGGAACUCCACAGAAGACAGAGACCCUAUAAAUGCCCUGACUGUGCAAAAGGUUUCUUUCAAAAGCACCACCUUAUCCAACACAAGGCAACCCACACAAAAAAAAAACCCACUAAGGAUAUUGAGCAUGUCAGAAGGCCGAGGCUGAAGAGUCGCUGCUCUGUACCUGAAAGAAUCCAUGCAGAACUGAAGCCUUCUAGAGGCCCAAGGGGGUGCAUUGUCACUCGCAGUGUCACCCGUAGCACAUGCCUUACCAAGCACCAAAAAAUCUACACAGAGGACAAUGUCUAUAAAUGCCAGUAUUGUGGGGAGUGCAGUACAACAAAAAGUAUGCUCUCUGAUCAUGAGAGAAUCCACAGGAGAAAGAAGAAGCCUUACCAAUGUUUGGAGUGUGAGAAAAAAUUCUCUCAGAAGAACUACCUUGCUGCCCACCAGAGAGGCCACACGAGAAAACUGCUCUCUAAAUCCUCUAACUUUGACAAAGAAAUCACAAAAAAUCCCCCCUCCUUCAAGCGUGGAAAUCCCCACAGAAGAAAGGUGCCAUUAUUAUGCUUUAAAUGUGGGAAAAACUUUGAUGACAAGUAUUCCUUCACCAGGCAUCAGAGGGUCCACUUGGGGGAAAAACCCUUCAAAUGCAUCACGUGUGGAAAAGGUUUCAUUCAGAUGUGGCAUCUGAAGAGACAUGAGAAAACCCACCUCAAAGAGAAAUGCCAUAAACAGCCCAUUGUGGCUGAGGGGAACCAUGUAUUUUCCAAUUCUGCAAAUGGCAUCUCCUUUGAUCAGGGGCAUCUGCCUGUCAAUGUUGAGCAACUGACCAAAUUACAAAGGGUAGAAAUAAAUGCUUUUCAGGACAUUGAGGAAGGAAAAAAACAGUCACUGGUGGUAUUAGCAGAAGGAUCUGAGGUGGGAGUUCCGGGAGGAUCUGAGCAGGGAGGAAAGCAUGUGGAGGUGCAAGCACAAUUAUCCAGACAGUCUCAAGGAAACACCCUGCAGGACCACAGAGAAGGAGAAGUCUCUAUCAGCCAGGCAGUGAAACCAAGAGCUAACAAGAAGUUAGCAGGAGAAGACAAUGUUAUUCUGCGUUACAAACAAGACAAACAUUGCAUCAGUCAGCAAAGUCGUCCAAGACAGUGUUCCAAAAAGAUCAGUCUCCAGAGUCUCAAGGAGAAAAAGGCCUGUGUCAGAUGGCAAUUGAGAUCACAGACCAUGUCAAGAAGAAAAUCUAAGCGAGAGACACAGCUGGACGGUAAGCCAUCCAGAUCUUGCUUCUGUCAGCAGGAGGGGCCAGAGAUUAUUCAAAGAAGGACAUCUAAAAAACCCCAGGACUCUAGGAAGGUAAAAGUGUGCGUUGGUUCUCAAAGGAACCCACAUGCAGCUGCUUCUCCCAGCUUGUUUAAAAGUGCCCUAAAGGGCUGUAAACCAGGAGGACUAAGCCUCUGUCGGCCAUCCCAGAAAGUGUUGCCCAGAGAAUCCAAAUUGCGGGCUACUGAAAGUGCUGCACAAAGGAGGUUGGCCUGUGUUGAAUUGCAAAGGGAACCGCAGGAAGUGCUGGGAAGGCAGUCCAAAGAGAGCUCAGAUUCUCGGAGUUGCAGGACAGAAAAAUGUGAAGCAGUUCUCAUCAGUGAACAAGCGCCGCAGCUGAUACCUGAAAAGGACCCUCAGCAGAGCUGUCAAAAAGUUCAAGCUGCAAAUGAGCUCCAAACCACAGCUCUUCAAAACGCGGAGAUGGCAUCUGUUGAGCAGCAACCAGAAGCACAGGUGACACCGUUGGGAGCAGCAGGAAAUCCUGCUCCACAGAGUCGCAAGGAGGGAAGAGGCUGUGUUGAACCACAGAUAGCAAUAUCAACAGAACCCCAAAGCAGAGCUCCUCAGGGCAAGAGUGUUUCUAGCAAGUGUAAAUCAGAAAAAAUGCAGACUGAGCAUGGGUGCAGUGAGUGUCAGAAAUCCUUCAAGAGUCAAGCAGCUCUUUUGAUACAUGAGAAAACCCACACCGGGGACAGGCCGUUUUCAUGCACACAGUGUGAGAAAAGCUUCCAUACUGUGCAUACCCUUAAUGUUCAUACGCGAAUCCACACGGGAGAGAAGCCGUUCAAAUGCUCUGAGUGCGAGUUUCGCUGCAAUGUGAGUUCUAAUCUCAGCAGGCAUAAGAGAACCCAUAACCGAGAGAGACCCCACCCUUGCCUGCAGUGUGGGAAAAGCUUCUGGUUCAGCCACAGCCUUCUCAUCCAUUGGAGGAUCCAUAGCAAAAAGGAGUCGUACACAUGCUCUGACUGUGGGCGAAUGUUCAUGCACAAGAACUUGCUCAAGCUGCAUAGGAGGUACAAGCAUGAUUCAGAAACUGUUGAAUUAGGCUGUUCAAAAGUGGAACAGCCCCUCCCUUCUCCUGGCAAGGUAAGCAUGUGUGACCGCUCCUAGUGCACAUGCUUGGUACGACAGAGUACUGUUAUAGCACAGCCCACCACCCUAAGCUGAGACUGGAAAUAGCACACUUUUGCACUCUUAACUUGUGCAAGUGAAUCAUCAUGAGUGGCCCAGGCAGAGCCCUCCUUGACCCUGCACAAUUGCUCAUCCUCUCUAUCUUGCUCCCAAGCAAAUUCUUGCUACAGCCAUAGCCUGCAUCGGAAGGAUGCAACUUUCAUCCCCUCUUGCAUCUCUUCCCACAGCGCCAGGAGUCUGGGUUGGACCAGCGUAAAUAUCCCCCCCUUCCCAACCUCUUAUGGUGAAAGAACAAGAGCGGCAAGCAAAUGUGGACCAGGCAUCUUGGCAGGAUAAUCAGAAAGGAUAUCACCAUUCUGAAUCUUGGCUGGAUGGGUCACAGAAAGAAUGACAGUUUCUUGCUUUCCCCUUCCAUGUGUGCUCCCAUCCCCUCUGACAUGUGCAAGAAUAUAAAGACUACUUUUGUAGGUCUCCUGGAAGAGAUAAAUGGAUCCUUGCUCUGCCAGUGGUUGGCUUUUUUUGCCUUGGCCUUAUCUCUAGGAUACCAGCAUUCAUGAUGCAGCCAAUGAGAAUGGAUUCUGGACUGAGGAAAUGCGGGGCCCCUUCUGCAUAAUAACCACAGUUCUAAACUGAAAGGUGUUUAAAGUAUGAGAGUGCCUUUUGACUCUAUUAUUAUGAUCCAACGUACCUCCUCCUUUUCCUGUAUGUGACAUACUUGCUUGGCUGUUUGACUGGCUUCCAGUUCUUGAAACUCCCUUGAUCUAAUUAUUAGUUUUUUUAAAAAAAAAUGAUGCUCCUGCUAAGAUCCCCCCCUUCUCCACCUACCUUUGUAUCUACCCAUGGAAGAAGCACCGUAUAUUAAUCUCCAAAGUGAGAGGGAGUAUCUGCAAAACAGUCCCCUUCCCCCCACAAACCUGAGGAUUUCUCCUGUACAUUUUUGUGCUUCUACUUCAUACUCUGUGCAUCACAGUAGGAAUACAGGGGACCUGUGGGCUUUCAGGUGUUGUUGGACUCCAACUCCCAUCACACUGGCUGUGAUGUUGCUCAGCAUCUGUCUUAACGCAAACCUUGCUGAGACCAUCCACCUUCUGCCCUUCAAACAAGAAAGUCAGUCCUGCUGGGCUCUCGAUUAAUGGCCUUGAACAUAUGCAAAGUGAAAUCUCCUGAGUGUUUACCAAUUAUUUUAAAGCAGCCACAAGGGAUGUUGAAUGCCUAUUCCCACCCCAGCCUUUGUCUUCCCUGGUCUAAUCCCCUUCCCUGAAGCUGCUAUUAUCCUCUUGGAGAGGGAGAAAGGCAAGUAUCACACCUGCAUUUUUUUUCUAUGAGAGGCGAAUAGCGGAAGGGGGACAAUUUAGACUGUGAGCAUCGCCAGGGGAGGAGGCUGCAGCCCCUUCUCUAGGGCAGCUCUUGCUGUUGUUUUAAGCAACAAGGGAAAACAUGAUCUACUCCCAUGUUAACAUAUCUGCAUUUGUUUUGGAUCCCAUUUAAACGGCCUUUGUGGGAUGGGUAUCCUUUUCCGAAGGGCAACCGACAGACAGUAUUAGUAAGCUUUAGACUAUGCAGUGCAAGGACAAAAUUUGCAGGAGAAACCCCCACUUGGGAGGAAGGAGGGGUGUUUUAGCCCUGAGUGCUCCUGCCAAGUAUAGCCCAAUUAAGUGACCCAUCUUCCAGACAAAUCAAUGACACUCCUACAUGGGAUGGAAUGGUAAAAUGAAGUGUAUGUAUAAUCCCCACUUUUUUUUCAUCUGAGGCUAUGAUUUCUGCCUGAAUAAAAAUCAGUUAUGUACAAACUAGUGUCUUUUUCUUCUGUCACACACAAAUUUAACAGAGGUUCAUACCCUAGGUUCAUAGGAACCAAACUUGUACCAACUCAGACCAUUGGUCUACCUAGCUCAUUAUUUUCAAGACUGAUGGGCAGCAGCUC